CUCCCCUUCUCCCUGCCAUCAUCUCAGGCGACGCCCAGCGACCUUCCACCGAGAUACAUGGCCGGCAAGCGCAAACAUGUCGAGGACGACACAUCACCUAGAGAUGACGUGCACGAGUUCAGCCCCCCUCUCGAGGGAGAACAGAUGUGGACGGGCAGCAUCGUCGGCGAGCGCGAAGACGCAUACAAGAUCAAGUGGGACCCAGAUCGUAGAACGGGCAAGAAGUACAGGCCGACUUGGGAGCCCAAGAAGAACUGCAAUGAGCACAUGGUGAAGGACUGGCGUCGUAGGGUGAAGCAAGAGAAGAAUGUAUCGUCUCGGACGACCUCAACAUCAUCAGCGCGCGACCGUAGUCCCUCUCCUGCGCGCCCGGCGAAGAAACGCAAAGUUGGCGCCGAGACCAAUGCUCCGAUGCGAGGAAAGGAGAGCGCGUCCCAGGCAGUCACGCGGGUCGGGCCACCGAAGGGGAAGCGCAAGGCCACACAGGACGCAUCGCAGAAGAGUACGCAGUCCUAUGGCGUGGCUAGGCGUGCAACCGAACCCGAUGCAUCGCGUCAAGAGCGAGAAUCAACCGCCGCUAGGCGCCACUCAGAAUCGGCGGCUGCUGCGCGUCAGACUCGAACAGUGAAUGCCCCUGCAGCAUCCACCUCCCGCGCAAGCACUGCCGCGAAAGCAAGGCGAACCGAUGACACUGAGAGCACGCGCUCAAAGACAUCUUCAUCCGCCGUCAGUCGAAUACCCACAUCCAUUGAGCCGCAUAUCAAGGCUCGCCUGAAGAUAUAUGACACCAAGCGCCGCCAACUUGCGGACCCGAGCCUUCCACCUCCCCCUUUCAAGGCGCGUCAGCCAGCCACCACCGUCGAUGACUUCCCCUCUGCGUCGAGGCCAUCAUCCCCUCAACCCCCGUCUCAGCGACGACAACGUCCGCAAUCCCCCACCCACCAUGCUCCGCGCCCCCCUUCGCCGUUUGCAACAUCCCCGGACAAGCCUCCAUCACCAGUCCCAUCUCGGUCUCGGUCCAAGAAUGCUGCCGAGUCGCCCUCACGCUCGCCAUCCGUCGAAGUUGGUCGGAAACGCAAGAAGCGACCCGCUGCCACGAGCAAGCCCCUUAAGCCCAUACCGCGCGUCUCGCCUUCCGUGUUCAACGAUCUAGCUGGUCCCUCAUCAUCCCUUAAUGGGCCUCCACCUAGCGGCAGCCACAUCGAGAGCGCUGGUGGACCUACACAAACCGAAACAAUAUCGGAGUUCUCACCCGAGAAGCGGCGCUCGGGAAUACAUGACAGUCGCGAAGAGGACGAUACCAUCGAAGGGAGUAGCAGCCAGCCUUCCCUGAACCGCAGAGUGCUGGACGGCGCGAGAGCCCUGGCCGAGCGGAUUGGCAACGGCGGUACGGCUGCUCAAAAUCGACUACGACGACCGCUGGGCGAUAUAUUAGGGUCUAAGGCCCAGCGCCAACGAGUCUUCUCGGGAUCAAUACCGCAGCGACAGGCGGAUGAUGUGCCAGAGGAGGAGAUCAGUGGGACCGGCGGCACGCAGGGACUCAGUCAAGAUGCGGGGAUGGAGGAUGACGGCGGCACUCAGGAUAUCAGCAGCACGCAAGAUAUCAGCAUGAGUAUCGGCGUGAACGGUGACGAGGAGAUGGACGAUGCGACGCGGGAGAUGGAGUCGUACGUGGACUUCGAGGGGGGCGCGGAGGCGGAAGCGCCGAAAGACCCCAUCGCUCUUCGAGAGGAGAUGGAAGAGUCAACGCAGGACUUACGCGACGAGCAGCAGGCGCGGUUGCAAGAUGCAUCAAAGGCGGCGGAGGUUGAUAUGACCAAGGCGUCAACAAAGGUGCAUCCUCCAACCCAGCAGAACAAACUAGCUCCUGCUUCGCCGCUACCAGCAGCACCCUCGAGGAAGCCAGGCGAAGACACAUCCGCAUCAUUUGUACCGCCUACGCCGGAUGAGUCGCAGCGAACGACGAACACGCAGUCCUCACAAGAUCAGCGUAUCCUCGAGCUCGAGCGCGACCUGACCUCCAGCCAAGCUGAGAAGGGGUCGUACGAGGCGCGGUCGCAGGAGCUUGAGGCGGAGAAGGAGAUCCUCGCCCGCGAUCUUGCUUCGAGCCAAGCCGAGUCCCAAUCGCUCUCCGCGAAAGUCGCUGACCUCGGUGGCCUGCUCGAGAGAGCGCAGCUUGAGUUGGGCGCCAUCCAACGUCGGCAUGAGGCUGAGGCAAAGAAGAAGGAAGCGGCGUGGAAGAAGGACCAGGCUGACUGGAAAAAGGAGAGGAAGGAGUGGGAGAAGGAGCGGUCUGCGUGGAAGGAGAAGGAGCUGGAGUGGGAGGCGAAGGGGGCGCACUGGUCGGAGGAGAAGAUGGCGCUGGAGCAGAGGUGCCGAGAGUUGGAGGAGCAGGCGAAGGCGCGGGAUCGGGUUUGGGAGGCGAAGGAGCGGGCGUGGUCCGACAAGGAGCAUGUCCAGGCGGAGAAGGAGAACCGCUGGAGUCAGAAGGAGGCUGACUGGGCGCAGAAGGAGCAGAAACUGCAGGACACGCUGCGCGAGCACGAGGUGCAGCAUGGGCAGACGGUGCGCGAUCUCGAGGAGAAGCUGCGCAAGGUUCAGGAAGAGAUGGUCGAGAAGGUCCGCAGGGUGCAAGAAGAGGUCGGCGAGCAGUCCAUGGCAGAAUGGGCGCAGGAACGCGGCAACCUCGAGCGCCGCAACACUGAACUGACGGCCGCGAACGCGGAGGUCACGACCGCGAACGCUGGGCUCCAGGGCAAGAUCGCCAGCCUCGAGCUCGCCAACACCGAUCUGCAGCGCAAGAACGGCGAUCUGGAAAGGCACAUAUCUGCGCUCGAGGAUAUGAUCGCCGACCUUCAGGAGGAGAAUGCUACCCUCGAGGACAAGAACGCCGAGUUACAGACUACGAUCGCCGACCUCAAUGUCCGCUUGGCGAGCGUUGAGUCUUCGCUUGCUGGCAAGGCUCGCGAGGUCGAACAAGCAAAGCUCGAUCUCGCCGAGGUCAAGAAGGAACACGAACAGGUCAUUCCCUUCCUGGCGGAGCGCGAUCAGGCUCUGGCCACUCUCAAGGAUCGUCAUGCGCAGACCGAGCAGACUCUUGCCUUGAAGUCAGAGGAGCUGUCCAAACACCAGCAGGAGCUCGCCGACUUCUACAUGCAGCGCGCGGACGCGAGCAAAGAGCUCACGGACGUCACCAAGCAACUCGAGGACACCGUCAAGAAGCUUGAGGAUACCACCAGCACUCUGGAGACCCUCCGCAAGCAUAAGGAGCUGGACGAACGCGAGUGGGCCGACCAGCGGGCAGCACUGGAGAAGAACGUCGAAGUCCUGAUCCAGCAGACUGCGGCAGAGUGGCAAGGGCGCGUCGCAGAGGUUGAGGAGAAGUUGAAGAUCGCAGAGGAGAGGGUGAAGGAUGCGGAGAGUCGUGUGGCGGAAGCCAGGAAGGAGGCAGAUGCUUUGAAGGAGGCGAGGGGCUCGAGCGCCAAUGCGUCCGUAAUGGCGAAGCUCGCUGAAGGAAGGGCCAUGAUGGCGGAGGAUGCGACGAAGCAAGCUGAAGAACGCGCGUCUAAGCUCGAGGCUCGUGCGAUCGCCGCGGAGACGCGCCUCGCGGAUGCAGACACUCGUGCCGCCGCUGCGGAGUCGCAACUUCAGCUCGCCCAGAAGCAGCUCGUCCUUGCACAGGCUGAGCUGAAGCAGGUCAAGGCCAGCCUACGCUCAGCUGAAGAUGCGCAUUCUUCCUCGCAGACGAAAGUCGAGGCCAUCGAGUCGCAACUUGCAGCCCUGGAGACGAGCGCCGUUAACCAGACCCUGGCACAUACCUCGACGGAGGAAGACCUCAAGUCGCAGCUAGCCGCUCGUGACGCUCGCGAGUCCGACCUUCGCUCCGAGAUAGCAUCCUUGCAUGCUCAGCUCGCUGCUUCCGUAUCCACGUCCGGAGAUACUGCCGCGCCUGCCUCUGACGAGCAGCUUGUAGGCUUCGAAGCGCGACUUGCUGAGCUUGAAGCGCGACUCGCUUCUGAGACUCGUGCAAGGAAAGCCGCGGAGGACGACGCAGAGUUCGUGCGAGAGCAGUACAGGGUGGCCUCUGCUCACGUCGGCGACAUGCGCAAGGAGAUCGUCGCGCUCACUAACCGCACGAACAUCGCCGAGGACCAGGUCGCUCGCGGCCUCGCAACCGUCCGCGAGACCUUGCUGGGCCGCACACGCACCCUCGAGGCCGAGCGCGACAGGUGGCGGAAGCAGGCGGAAUGGGUCCGCGAGCUCGAUGCACGCACGAACGGGGACAUACGGCGGAAGGCUGCGGAGCGCGACGACCUGGCAGAGCGCGUCGAGGCCUUGGCUAUGGAGCGCCGGAAGCUUGCGGUCCAGAGGGACAAGUUGGAGGAGGAGCGGGAUGAUGCCGUCGAGGCGCGCGAUCAGGCGCUGGUGAAGCGGGAUAAGCUCGUUGCAGAGCGCGACGGUCUGAACGCGCGACUGGCAACCCUGGAGGCCACACAGGCGCAGUCGGCUCAGCAGAUUGAGGAGCAGACCGCGGAGAUCGCCACGCUGAAGAAGAGUCUCCAGACCGUUCGCGCGCAGCUGGAGCAAACCCAGCAUGACACGCAGCCGGUGUAUCGGUGCCAGUGGCAUCACGGCGGUGCGAGCUGCGAGGCGCUGUUCGCGUCGAUUGAGGACUUGGAAAGUCAUGUACGGCAAAGCCAUGUAAAUGAGUAGCUGCCCUACGAGGCGCAAACCCGUCGAUUGUUUUGUUUUCUGUAUUGUCGUUGCUGCUGUCAUGCAAAUGCACAUCUUCUUGGAUUUCCCGU